AUGGCCACCACGGUGACUUGCACCCGCUUCACCGACGAGUAUCAGCUCUACGAGGAUAUUGGCAAGGGGGCUUUCUCUGUGGUCCGACGCUGUGUCAAGCUCUGCACCGGCCAUGAGUAUGCAGCCAAGAUCAUCAACACCAAGAAGCUAUCCGCCAGAGAUCACCAGAAGCUGGAGAGAGAGGCUCGAAUCUGCCGUCUUCUGAAGCAUUCCAACAUCGUGCGUCUCCACGACAGCAUCUCCGAGGAAGGCUUCCACUACCUGGUCUUCGAUCUGGUCACUGGUGGGGAGCUCUUUGAGGACAUUGUGGCGAGAGAGUACUACAGCGAGGCCGACGCCAGUCACUGCAUCCAGCAGAUCCUGGAGGCGGUUCUCCAUUGCCACCAAAUGGGGGUUGUCCACAGGGACCUCAAGCCUGAGAACCUGCUCCUGGCCAGCAAGUGCAAAGGGGCCGCAGUGAAGCUGGCAGACUUCGGCCUGGCUAUCGAGGUGCAGGGGGACCAGCAGGCCUGGUUUGGGUUCGCUGGCACGCCAGGCUACCUGUCCCCAGAGGUGCUGCGCAAGGAGGCGUACGGCAAGCCAGUGGACAUCUGGGCAUGUGGGGUGAUCCUGUACAUCCUGCUCGUGGGCUACCCGCCCUUCUGGGACGAGGACCAGCACAAGCUGUACCAGCAGAUCAAGGCCGGGGCCUACGACUUCCCGUCCCCGGAGUGGGACACAGUCACUCCUGAAGCCAAAAACCUCAUCAACCAGAUGUUGACCAUCAACCCUGCCAAACGCAUCACGGCGCACGAGGCGCUGAAGCACCCAUGGGUCUGCCAACGCUCCACUGUGGCCUCCAUGAUGCACAGGCAGGAGACCGUGGAGUGCCUGAAAAAGUUCAAUGCCCGGCGGAAGCUCAAGGGAGCGAUCCUCACCACCAUGCUGGCCACGCGGAAUUUCUCAGUGGGCAGACAGACCACCGCUCCAGCCACAAUGUCCACCGCGGCCUCCGGCACCACCAUGGGGCUGGUGGAACAAGCCAAGAGUUUACUCAACAAGAAAGCAGACGGAGGCAAGCCCCAGACGAAUAGCACCAAAAACAGUGCAGCUGCCACCAGCCCCAAGGGGACGCUUCCUCCAGCUGCCCUGGAGCCUCAAACCACCGUCAUUCAUAACCCAGUGGACGGGACCAAGGAGUCAUCUGACAGCACCCACACCACCAUAGAGGACGAAGACACAAAAGCCCCCAGGGUCCCUGACAUCUUGAGCUCCAUGAGGAGGGGCUCGGGGACCCCAGAAGGCGAGGGCCCCCCGCCCUGCCCGCCUCCGGCUUCCAUAAGCCCCCUGCCCACCCCAUCCCCCAGAAUCUGUGACAUCCUGAGCUCCGUGAGGAGGGGCUCGGGGACCCCGGAAGCCGAGGGCCCCCUGCCCACCCCAUCCCUCAGGAUCUCUGACAUCCUGAACACGGUGAGGAGGGGUUCGGGGACCCCAGAAGCCCAGGGCCCCCCACCCUGCCCUCCUCCGGCUCUCCCAGGCUCCCCACCCACCCUGUCGCGGAAGCAGGAGAUCAUCAAGAUCACGGAGCAGCUCAUCGAGGCUGUCAACAACGGUGACUUUGAGGCCUAUGCGAAAAUCUGCGACCCAGGCCUGACCUCGUUUGAGCCCGAAGCCCUGGGCAACCUGGUUGAAGGGAUGGACUUCCACAGAUUCUACUUCGAGAACUUGCUCGCCAAGAACAGCAAGCCGAUCCACACGACGAUCCUGAACCCGCACGUGCACGUCAUCGGCGAGGACGCCGCGUGCAUCGCCUACAUCCGCCUCACGCAGUACAUCGACGGGCAGGGCCGGCCCCGCACCAGCCAGUCCGAGGAGACCCGCGUGUGGCACCGCCGAGACGGCAAGUGGCAGAACGUGCACUUCCACUGCUCGGGGGCGCCCGUGGCCCCGCUGCAGUGAAGAGCUGCUGCGGCUGGUUUCACGGGACAGACUCGGUGUUUGAAGCCCAGCUGCCCUCGGGCGCACGGCCUGCCUGUCGCAUGUUUGUGUCUGCCUCGUUCCUCCCCUGGUGCCUGUGUCUGCAGAAAACCAAGACC